AUGAAUCAACAACAAAGAAGCGCGACCAACCCGAGGAUGGUUGCCAGCAAGCCUGGUGCAUGGGCUCAGCAAGGCCUCCCAAACGCGCCAGGUACUUCUCAACCUUCACGAGAGGCCGUUGCUCCAGAGAAUUGGGCCCAAGCAAUGGGCUCCAGGACAAAUGGCCCCCUCGAUCUCUCUGCUUCAUCAUUUCCUAGUCUCAACAACAGCGGGCUUCAAUCUCAGAGUCAUACUGUUGGCUCGAGCGCGUGGCAGACUGGCCCGCCGCAAAAUGAACAAGGCCAGAGACAGCACAAUUCCUCUCGAAAUCAGAUAUCCUCACGGCAGCAACAGCAACAGCCAACCGGUGCACGCGAAGGGUUUUAUCCCACGGAUACCUACUCGCGGAAUGCCCCUAUGGAGUAUUCCACGGAACAGGCCUCCCAACCAGCGAGACGGACAGUCCAAGCACCUCCUGGUCCACCGGGUCUCGUACAACGGCCAAAUCAGCAGAAUGACGCUUCAUCUAGCGAUCCUAGCAGAGUGACAUCGCCUUCCGGCCAGGCACAGAUAUCACGUUCACCCAUGUCGCAAGGACUAAGCUCUGUGAUAGGUCAAGACCGAUUUCUUGGGCAGGACACCAGAUCACAAGGCAAAGACUUUCAGGAAUCGCCCUCGCAGUCGCUGGGACUGCAAGCCGGAAGUAUGUUUGGUGAUCGAGAACCAGGGACUCGACCAGAGCAGUCUGGGGAGUCGAUAUUCGCUGGCAUGAGUGAUAGAGACAAGUUCGGUAUGAAAGGCUACAUUGCUGAACAGGACAAUGCCACUCCAGCAUCCCGAAGCCUAAUGCGAGGAGUGGAUUUGUCGACACUUGGAAUAAACAUGAGCUCUGAAGGAUCCCUGUUACCAUCAUACCCGGGCCCAUGGGCUGAUCACAACGCACAGCCCCUCCGACCACUCGAUUCCGGAUAUACAAUUCCAGACUGCUACACGGUCAAAAAGAUCGCCCCUCUAUCUAGUCGGAUUAAUGGGCUCAUGGAUGAGACUCUGUUCUUCAUCUUCUACACGAUGCCUCGAGAUUACACCCAGAUGCUAGUGGCUCAGGAAUUAGUGGCUCGAAAAUGGCGGUACCACAUGAGGGAAAAACAAUGGCUGACUCGUGACGAGGCGUCUCCAAGUCCAGUCCUGCUAGAAGAUAAGAUCAGCGAGCAAGGCUACUACAUCUGGUGGGACACAAAGCUAUGGAAGAAGGUCCGACGGAUUUAUACCCUCAGGUAUGAGGACCUGGAGGAGCAACCGAGUAUGGGCAACCGAACGAUACAUGCUGGAGCAAUGGGAGCCAUGGCGGGAGGCAUGGGAGUCUGUAAUUUCAAUGCCGUACCUAGCCUUGAGAGAAUGGCCGCCAGCGGAAGAGGCUUCUGA